AUGUACGACGACAUGGACGCCUUCUUAGAUAUGGAAGCACCGUACGUCUAUGACGAGACAGAGCAGUACCUGGACACUGCCAGUUCAUCUGAGUCCACGAGCCCCAUCAUAUCAACUUUUGACAUGAUCUUUGUAAACGACUUCAAUGGCACCGACCAAAGCAUUUAUCCAAGCCCAAUGAGCUCCUCCCGCGAUACAGCAUCACCUCAGCCUACCAUGGACGAGAAAUCUGGCGCAACCAAGGGCCCGGCUAAGAGAAAGCGUGAAAACCGCUACAAGAAUGCGCCCCCUUCGGUGCUCUCACGUCGCCGAGCCCAAAACAGAGCCUCACAAAGAGCAUACCGCGAGCGCAAAGAUCAACGCAUAAAGGAUCUCGAAGUCAUGCUCUCAGACCAGAAACAAAAGAACGACUCCCUCAGCCAGGCCUACUCCGCCCUCCACGCCGAGUUCCUCAAGAUUCGGGGAGCGCACGCGAGGGCGGCGCAACACCAGCAACAACGGCAACAUCAACACAUGCCGCGACACCCAGCCGCGCCGGCAAUGGCUUACGAUCCGACGGGCGCCGCCCACAUGGGCAUGUCGUCACACCCCGGCGCGAUGGAAUUCGCGGACAACAUGUUCAUGUUUCAGGAUAUGCAGACUUACACCAUUUAA